AUUUCCGCCCGGGCACUUCCUUCUCCGACUCUACUAUUCUAGUCUUCUGUCACUCACUCUGAGCAAGUCAGAAGCGUGUGACAUAUCAACACUGUUUGCAUGUGCAUCAUGGAUGCUCUUUUGCCCUCCAUGCUUGAGGAUGACCAACAUCUGAUGGGCGAGCCCGCGAUCUGCAUCUUUGAGCAACCCAGGAUGAGAGGAAUGCGCUUCCGUUACAAGUGCGAGGGUCGCUCGGCUGGCAGCAUCCCCGGUGAGAGAAGCACGGACAACAACAGGACGUACCCCAGUCUGCAGAUUUUGAAUUACAGUGGCAAGGGUAAAGUGUGUGUUUAUUUGGUGACGAAGAAUGAGCCAUACAGGCCACAUCCUCAUGAUCUGGUGGGCAAGGACUGCAAAGAUGGCUACUAUGAGGCCGAGUUUGGGCCGGAUCGCAAAGUAAUCGCUUUCCAGAAUCUGGGUAUCCGGUGCGUGAAGAAGCGGGAGGUCAAAGAUGCCAUUUUACAAAGGAUUAGCAGAGGGAUGAACCCCUUCAAUGUGCCGCAAGAGCAGCUGCUGCAGACGGAAGAGUACGACUUGAACGUGGUCCGCUUGUGCAUACAGGUUUUCCUGCAAGAUGAAAACAGCCACUACACUCGAGCCCUCAACACUGUAGUCAGCAACCCCAUCUAUGACAACAGGGCCCCAAACACGGCGGAGUUGAAGAUCUGCCGGAUCAACAGCAACAGUGGCUCUGUCAAGGGAGGAGACGAGAUCUUCCUGCUUUGUGAUAAAGUGCAAAAAGAUGACAUCGAAGUGCGAUUUUUCUCCUCUGACGGUUGGGAGGCCAAAGGCUCAUUCUCUCAAGCCGACGUUCAUCGUCAAGUGGCCAUCGUCUUUCGGACGCCGCCUUUUUACAACACCUCGAUCACCGAGUCAGUGACGGUACACAUGCAGCUACGCCGACCGUCUGAUGUGGAAGUCAGCGAGCCUCUGGCCUUCCGAUAUCUUCCUGAUGACAAAGACCCUUAUGGCAAUAAUAAAAAAAAACGUAGCAGAGAGAACUUAAUGAAGAUGUGGGGAUUUUCAGCUGUGCCCUUUUCUGGCCUGGCUAUGAGUAAGCAAAGGGCUGUGCCACAAAAUACCGGGAAUCAUAUGCAAGACCACAACAUGUACCCCAGGCAGCCUCCAUCUCUGAUGCAGCAGCAGCAGCAGCAACAGCAGCAACCUGUGUUCAACCAACCCUACCAUGCAAAUGUCAGCCAUACCUGGACAAACUCCAACCAAGUACUUCUGAUGGAGACAUCCUCCAGCAAUCCUUCUAAUGUCAUGAGCAAUCUGCCCCAGCCCAAGAGCGCUCAGCCGCAGCAUCAAAACCAUACUUCUGGGUUCCCCGGUGAAAGCAAUGUCCUCCCUGAGCUCUCCAUGAGCGACUUGCAGUGCUUGGACGCAGGUCUUCAAGUUCCUGCGAUGGGCCAGCCUCAGUCCCAUGCGCUCUUCCAUUCGCAGCACCAGGGGGCGGGUCCUUCCUUCAAUAAUCGGGUCCAGAACCACCUUGGGAGCCAGACCCCGGGCUUCCAAAAUGUAUGGAACAAUUUUGGUGCCCUGAAUGCGUUUCAGGACACAUUGCAGAACGCUGUUGCUGCUUCAGAAAAGAGUGCUCAGGGGCUGGGAGCUUUCCCACUCUUGGAGGGGUUGGAAAGGAAUGAAUUUAUGAAGGGCCAAGUAGGAAGAGAACCUCAGACUGGGUUCCAACUGAAGCAAGAGUCCAUGAUGCCGUUUCCUAGAGAAGCCCACGCAAACACGUACACCAACCUUCUCCCGCGUUCCAUGACCAACUGCACCAAUGUGAAUGUUUUAAGGCAAGACGGUGGAAGGAAACCUCACCUCGUCCACCCAAACGUUAAAGACCCUUAUUCUACUAACCACAUGACUUCCGAGAGUCACUUUUCGACUUUGGAUGAGUAUAUCAGACCCAAGACAAGUCAUUCCUCAAAGCAGUGACCGCAAGGAAUGACAUUAACUAAAAAAAUA